AUGUCUCCAAAUCCACCUCUCUUUGCGUCUGAUCGACGAAGCUCCUCGAGUCACUCUGAAGAGCGUGCUGCCGCAGAAGAUACAGCGCUUCUGGGAAACCAACGGAAAGACAAUUCCAGCCCUCAGCAGAAGUCAAGAUUCUGGCGUGAAAUUGGCUUGUUUGCGUGGGCAUUAAUCGCUACGGCUGCAGUUAUUGUCCUCGCCGUCUACUCGCAACACCAGGGCUCUAGUGGAGAUGGAAAGAAAACAUCGCCCAAGGGCAAGAAGAACCUUAUCUUCAUGGUUAGUGAUGGAAUGGGUCCAGCAAGCCUUUCCAUGACUCGCAGCUUUCGCCAAUUUCAGAGCGGUCUACCCAUUGACGAUGUACUCGUCCUCGAUCAACACUUCAUCGGCUCAUCGCGAACAAGAUCCAGUAACAGCCUGGUCACUGAUUCUGCUGCUGGGGCUACAGCAUUCUCCUGCGGAAUGAAAAGCUACAAUGGAGCUAUCUCAAAACUACCAGAUCAUAGCAGUUGCGGUACUGUGCUUGAAGCCGCGAAGAGGGCAGGCUAUAUGACGGGAUUGGUUGUGACAACGUCGAUUACAGAUGCCACGCCGGCUUGCUUUGCAUCACACGUGGAUACGCGCGCCGAGGAGGACUUAAUUGCUCAACAGGAAGUCGGAGAACAUCCUCUUGGUCGAAUGGUGGACCUUAUCUUUGGCGGAGGUCGAUGUCAUUUCUUGCCAAACACAACUUCUGAGAGCUGCAGAGGGGAUGGCAGAGAUAUUACGAAACUCGCACGGGAAAAGUACGGGUGGAACUAUAUUGAUAACAGGAAAGAUUUUGAUGGGAUCAGGUCGGGAAGCGCUGUCAAACUUCCACUAUUGGGGCUUUUUGCACGCUACAACUUCCCAUACGAGCUUGAUCGCCGAAAUAUGAAUGAUAUUUAUCCUUCUUUAGACGAGAUGGCACGAACUGCUUUAAAUGCAUUAGAAGCUGCUACGCAGGACAGCGAUAAGGGUUUCUUUCUCAUGAUUGAAGGAAGCCGGAUAGACCAUGCUGGCCAUGGAAACGAUCCUGCUGCUCAAGUAAAUGAGGUUUUAGCUUACGACAAAGCAUUCGCUAGUGUGCUCGAAUUUCUAGAUCGGUCAAAGACCGAGAGUGUACUUGUUUCAACUAGUGAUCACGAGACUGGUGGGCUCUCUAUUGCUAGACAAUUGGAUCCAACGUACCCCGAAUACUUGUGGUAUCCAGAGGUGUUGAACAAUGUCUCCAGUACUGCCGAGCAUUCUGCGCGUCGACUAGCUUCAUAUGUGGCAGCUGGAAGCAAGAAUGUUGAGAGUUUCAUUCGAAAAGAACUCGUCAAGAAGGGCUUAGGUAUCAAAGAUGCUACAGACGCCGAGAUAAAAACCAUCAUCGCCGCUCCCAACUCAUAUUCUUUCGCUAGUAUGAUUAGUCGUCGUGCUCAGAUAGGCUGGAGCACUCACGGGCAUUCUGCAGUCGACGUAAAUAUCUAUGGAACAGCAGGUUCGGAGAGGUUGAAUGGAAACCACGAAAAUACAGAAGUCGGCAAAUUCCUCCGCGAUUACCUAGACCUAAACGUAGACGCCAUCACCAAAGAGCUAAACGAGAAAGAGAAGGCCAAAUCCGCAUCGACAGAAGAAACUAUACGGCCAUUAGUAGAGAUGCAUAGCAUGCCCGAUGGUAUAGACGAUGAACUCUAG